AUGCCUCACAAAAUUGCCCAAAUACGUUUAAUAAGUUCACAUCCAGAAGUCUAUGAACCGUGUGAUGACUCAUUUGCAUUGGUUGAUGCACUCCAAGCUGACUGUAAAAACUUGAUCGGGCAUCGUCCCAAUAUCUGCUUGGAGAUUGGUUCUGGCAGUGGAUACGUUAUUGCCUCACUUGCCCUUCUGCUCGGAGGGGAAGCAUGGCGGCCAUACUUCCUUGCAACAGAUAUAAAUCCUCAUGCACUGAAAGUGACUAGCGAAACUCUCAAAGCACAUGGUGUUCACGCAGAGUUGAUAAACACCAACAUCGCCUCAGGACUAGAGGCUCGGUUGGCAGGAUUGGUGGAUGUGAUGGUUGUAAACCCGCCUUAUGUCCCAACACCCGAAGAAGAAGUUGGUUGUGAGGGGAUUACCUCUGCUUGGGCUGGUGGAGAAAACGGAAGAACUGUGAUUGAUAAGAUAUUACCUGUAGCAGACAAACUUCUCUCUGACAAGGGAUGGUUAUACAUCGUCACACUCACAGCAAACAACCCUUCUGGUUUAUGCAUAGAAAUGAAGAAGAAAGGUUACGAAUCUCGAAUUGUUUUGCAAAGGUCAACAGAAGAAGAAAGUCUCCAUAUAAUUAAAUUUUGGCGAGACCCUGAGGCACUAUUGGAGGCAAAUGAAGCGAAAAUGUCAAAUAAAGCAGGUAAUGGAAAUGCUAUUGGUUCACUGCUUUCUCAGCUCUCUCAUGUCUUUAUGGAGAAAUGA